ACUCUGUUAAAAAAAUAUCUUUGUGUUAGCUAAACAGCGUGACCUGUUUCUGCGUCCCAAUGACAGACAUCUGGGUUUAAGAUGGUGAAAAUCAGCUUCACACUGCGGCUGUUUACCAACGUGUCAGUGAAAUAAACAAAGGUUGAGUCGAAUCCCAUCAGUUUGCGAAGAUGCCUGCAGGUGUGUCGUGGCCUCGGUACCUGAGGAUGUUCGGGGCCAGUGUACUGUCUAUGUUUGCUGGAGCGCAGGUCGUCCACCAAUAUUACUUACCUGAUCUGACUAUACCAGAGAUCCCACCAAAGCCUGGGGAGCUCCGGACAGAACUAAUGGGCUUCAAAGUCAGAAAAGAAGCUGCUGCGGCAGCCUUACAGCAGCUGAAAGAAGAACAAAAGCUGGAUUGAUUUGGAUUUAUACAUCGUCUGUGUGUUGGACACUCAAUCGGGCAGACACUGUCCAAUUUUUGCCAACAUGCCCGGGAAUAGAGUCAUCUCUGCGACAUCUCCAAAUGGAUUUUGUGUGUUUGGUUUUUUCUUUUAAAGGAACUCACAGAAAAUGCUAAACUGUUGGCAUUUGGCUGCUCGGGAUCAGGAACUCAUAUACAUGCAUUCAGAUCUGUCUGUUGUUAAUGUAUCUCUUCAUCCUCUUUGAAUGUGUUGCAACAUGUAAACCCAGGAAGAGAACACUUGUAACAUGAACGCAGUAACUGUGCUAAAGUCCUUAAAUAAUUUUAUUCUAUUAAAAAAAAUAAAAGUAUAAUUUUGUCAA